CACAGAGCACCUGCAGGUCAUUUUCACAGGAGUGAUAGAGCUUUUUGUUUGGACAAAAGUCAUUUCAGAGUGAGAUGUAAACUCUUAUGGUUAACAGACGUGUUGGAGGUGGAUAAUCUACACCAGGAAAUGGUACACACAGGGGUCAUUUAGACUAAACCACAUUUUCAUUCUUCACCCUGUAAAAGUGAAAGUAAAAACUAACCAGACGAGUUAAGAUUUUCAUGGGAGAAAAUGGCUUCAAAGCUUGAAGAGGAGUUUUGCUGUCCUGUGUGCUGUGACAUCUUCAAGGUUCCCGUCUUUUUGCCCUGUGCUCACAGUGUGUGUAAAGCCUGUCUGCAGCAGUUCUGGGAGAAUAAAGGACACCGAGAAUGUCCCUACUGCAGGAGGAAGUGCUCUAGAGAACACUAUCCUCCUAACAUGGCGUUAAGGAACCUGUGUGAGGCUUACUUACAGGAGAGAAGUCAGAGAGCUUCAGCAGGGUCUGAGGUGCUCUGCAGUCUGCACAGUGAGAAACUCAAGCUCUUCUGUCUGGAGGAUCAACAGCCUGUGUGUGUGGUGUGUCAGGCUUCAAAGAAACACACCAACCACAAGUUCCAACCUGUAGAUGAGGCAAUAGCUGACCUUAAGGAGCUGCUGAGGAUUAAACUAGAAUCCUUACAGAAGAGGCUGAAGGUCUUUGAAGAAGCAAAACUCUCCUGUGAUGAAACAGCGAAACAUGUGAAGACUCAGGCCCAGCACACAGAGAUGCAGAUCAAGGAGGAGUUUGAGAAGCUUCACCAGUUUCUACGAGAUGAAGAGGCAGCCAGAAUAGCUGCACUGAGGGAGGAAGAGGAGCAGAAGAGUCAGAAGGAGAAGAUUGAGAAGAUGAGCAGAGAGAUCGCAUCUCUUUCAGACACAAUCAGAGCCAUAGAAGAUGAGAUGGGAGCUGAUGAUGUCACAUUCCUGCAGAAUUACAAGAGCACAGUGGAAAGAGCCCAGUGCACACUGCAGGAUCCAGAGAGGGUUUCAGGAGCUCUGAUCAAUGUGGCAAAGCACCUGGACAACCUGAAGGUCAAAGUCUGGAAGAAAAUGAUUGCUCCUGUGACUCUGGAUCCCAACACUGCACACCCAAAUCUCAUCCUGUCUGAGGAUCUGACCAGUGUGAGAUAUGUUAAAAAUAACCCACAGAGGUUUGAUAAGUAUGCCUGUGUCCUGGGCUCUGAGGGCUUUAAUUAUGGCACUCACUGCUGGGAUGUCGAGGUUGGAGAGAACACAAUGUGGUGUGUGGGUGUGAUGUCCGAGUCUCUCCAGAGGAAGGGAGAUUUUAUAUCCAAGAGAGGACGGUGGAUUUUGGAUUAUCUAGAUGGUACAUAUAGAGCAUGUGCUCCACCACUGCCCUACACUCCCUUCACAGUGCAGCAGAAACUCCAGAGGAUCAGAGUGCAGCUGGACUGGGACAGAGGAAAGGUGUCAUUUUCUGACCCUGAUACUAACACACACCUACACACUCUCACACACACUUUCACUGAAAGAGUAUUUCCAUACUUUUUUCCUGGCACCUCUUCGUUGAGGAUCUUACCAAUGAGUCCUCAGUAAAAGCAGCAGCACUGAUGGAGUUGAUAUGUCUCUGACUGGACUGGUGUGAUGAUGAGGGUGGAGGUCAGAUAGGCCUGGCUGAUGAAUGUUGUGGAUGUGUGUCAUGCUGAACAAUCUGAGGGGUAUUUCACAACUGUGAGAGGUGGGGACAGAGACACUAUUAACUGAAACACAUGGCUAUAUAAACAAAACAUCACAUGGUAUAAGUAAACAAAUGUCCACAGCAACAUUGUAAAAAGACAAUCACCCAUAGCCAUGAGAACAGUCUCAAUUGAACUCAACUAAUCACUCCAACUAACUAACUAACUGCCUCCUGAACUAAGUCAUCCACUAUAGAUUUAAUCUAACAAACCUGACAAAAUCAUAGCUAGUGGAGU